AUGACUGUGGAAUCAUUUAUUUUAGCUCUACGACGUUUCUUCAGCAGAAAAGCAAUACCCAAGGUCAUUAUGUCGGACAACGCCCUGACGUACAUCGCCACCGCCAAAAUCCUGAAGGAAAAGGUCCUUGGAACACAUGGUAUAACAUGGUCAUUUAUUCCCCAGCACGCGCCAUGGUACGGAGGGUGGUGGGAGAGGCUUAUUAGUAUAACAAAGACCUGUAUCAGAAAAGUACUCGGAAAGUCAUUGGUUAGCAUGGAAGUUCUUCAAACAAUUACAGCAGAAGUAGAAUGUAUCGUAAACGACCGCCCACUCACACACACAUCUGCAGACCCCUUGGAUGAGGAACCCCUUACCCCUUCCCAUCUACUGUAUGGAAGAAGAGUUACCUCCCCUGUUUAUCCAGACGACACGGAGUCCCCAGCAGACGACCUAUCCCAUGAUUCUGCAGACAAAUUUUAUAGAUUUAAGUCUGCAACACUUGAACACUUCUGGUCGAGAUGGAAGCACGAAUACCUCACAUCUUUGCGAGAGUUUCACAGAACAUCCGGUAACCAUGGAGAUACUGUUACGAUUGGUGACGUCGUGCAGAUACAUGACACCAGUUUACCAAGAAAUCGCUGGUCCCUUGGCGUGAUUGAAGACGUUAUCGUUGGAAAUGAUGGACUUAUUCGAGCAGCCCGUGUUAGAUCAAGACGAGGUGUAACUACCCGACCCAUAUCAAAACUGUAUCCACUCGAGCUGAAGUAA